UGCAGACAUACCCAUAAACACUUUUUUUUUAUUGUUGAAUUUUAUUCUCAGACUUGCGGUGGAUGGCUGGUUGCUCAGGGGCCGCUGAAGGAAUAAUUAAAUGCUCUUGAGAAAGGGCCUUGACUAUCGGUCUGUUACAGAUGCUCCUUCCCAGCAGCAGAUUCAAUAACCCCAUAAACACGUGCAUGCAGACACAGAGCGGCGCAGCUGAACCCCCGCGGUGAAAGAACCUGGAGAUGUCUCAGAAGAAGAUAUUCCUAGUAUUGAUUGCAAUAAGUACUGUCAGCUUGCUUCUGCACCAUGGGGGUCACUUGAACUUGACGUUAGAGGCAUUCUGGUUGGGCUGUCCAUCCUCUAUGGCCUCCUCCACCCAGGGCAGCAGUGGACUUUCUGCUAAACACACCAGUGUAGCCUUCCUGAAGACGCACAAAACCGCCAGCUCCACUGUGCAGAACAUCCUCUUCCGCUUUGCUGAACGCAACAACCUCACUGUGGCAUUGCCUAUUACCACCUGUGACCACCAGUUCUGCUACCCUCGACCAUUCAGUGCCCACUUUGUUCAUCCACACACUACACCACCUGACAUCAUCACCAAUCACUUACGGUUCAGCCGGGCUGAGCUACGACGCCUCAUGCCCAACAACACAUUCUACAUCACGAUAUUGCGGGAACCGGGAGCAAUGUUUGAGUCUCUGUUUACCUACUUCAAUCAGUACUGUCUUAGCUUUAAACGUGUUCCAAAUGGCUCUUUAGAGACUUUCCUGGACCACCCGUGGAGCUACUAUCGUCCAGAAGAGAAGGAUUCAAUGUAUGCAAGAAAUACACUGACCUUUGACCUAGGCGGUGAUAAAGACCGGCCAUCUUCAAAGGCGGCAGCGUAUGCGAAACGAUUCGCCGUAGAGAUGGAGCGAGUGUUCUCCUUGGUUAUGAUCGCAGAAUACUUUGACGAAUCUUUGGUGCUGCUACGCCGCCUGUUGUCUUGGGAUCUCGAUGACGUUCUGUAUGUCAGUCUCAACAUGCGCACGCCUGACUCCAAGAGCAGCCUUUCCAGUGAAAAUGCGGCCAAAAUCAGAGCCUGGAACGCUAUAGAUUCCGUCCUGUAUGAUUACUUCAAUGCCUCGUUGUGGCGACAGCUGAGAGAGUUGGGACUAUCGUGCGUUGAGCGGGAAGUCCAGCUGUUGCGUCAGUCUCGUGACCGACUUGUCCGCAGGUGCUUCGGGGGGCAUUUGCCACCGCUUCGCUCUGCUGCACAGAUCACGAAUAAGGAAUUACGGCCUUGGCAGCCCAGUGCCAAAGUGGCAAUCGUUGGGUAUGAUUUACCGGUUAACAUAACACAAAAAGGCCAUGUUCCUCCACCAGACGAGUGUCUAAAGAUGAUAAUGCCGGAAGUGCAAUACACACGGCUGCUGCUGCGCUCAGAGUCCCUACGUUAUCGAAAGCGGUUUCCAUUACGGAGCUCCCAGCAGACUUCACGAACUGUGGGACAAGUACGGGCACACAAAGAAUCCCCAGCUCCGAGUUUGAAUCCGCGACCCUCAGAGACUAUGUCUCGGAGCACCAAAGGAGCGCUACGGCUUUCCCAAUGACCAGUGCGAAAGGAUAGUUAAACUCGUUUCCUUUUAUUCCCCGUUCCUUGCAGCUAAAUGUCCAUGAGAUGUUGGAAUUACUUGAAAGCUUGAGGUCAUACCUCAUUUGUAUUGGAUGUGAGCACAACCAAACGUACGCUCGCAACAUAACUGUUCUAAAACUUAGAAAAAUCUUUGUGUGUUUAUCAAAUUGAAAUGUAAAAAGGUGAAGGAAAAUAUACAUUGAAGUCUAAAAGCCUGAUAUCUGGAAUGUGUCUCAAACUCUCAAGGACUAUCACUCCACAUACAUUCCAUCACUCACUGUUUGUAUUUAAGCCAUCAUUACCCUUCUGGAAAAUCCUAAAUUAGCUCAAGUUUGUACCUGGUUUUAAAUGGUUUCUAGCUAGUUGAAGCUAAUCUCAUAUCAUUGCUGGUCCAAGCUUGUAUUGAAGGUUGAUCAGCUGUAUUACCAGCUGGUGAUGUUUAGAUGACCUGGCAGAUCAUCUUGGUCAGGCUUGAUUAGGACUACCUUGAUAGACUACCAGCUACAAACCUAUUUGAUGUGACCUUGAUAUUAUUAUUAUUUUUUUCUUCUGGUAAUUGCAUUUGAGCAUUUUAAGGCUUCCUUUUUACCAACAGCAAUCUGUUUGAGUGUGAACUUUUACACAUGCUUAUCAACAUACUGACAGCUGCACCUGAGCCACAAAUCACCAUAAUUGACUCUUCAGUUGUGGUCCAAAAAACCCAGCAUCAUGUGUCGAUGAUGAUGCAGCCGUGUCGAAGGACAUUUAAAUAUUUAAUCAUUUAAUCUUUAGCCUCUCCUUUGGCAGCGCUAGGGUUACACAGCCCUACAUUUUUAUGAGGCCACUAUGGACCAGGCCAGAGAGGUUCAUCCUUGACUAGAAGCGGGGAAUGGUGACAAAACAGUUCAUCUACUUUGAAGAAUCAUCACUAUAUGUCAUAAGCCAGAGUGAGCAGUGUGUUAGUUUCAUUUUUAUGUGUUUUUAUUGUGUUUUUCGGGAUGAUUAUUUUCGGGAUUAUAAUGCAGUGCACUUGCAAAUAUGUAACUUAUGUAGGCUAAUUAAAUUAUAUUAGGAAAUAUAGCUCCACAUUGUCUAAGACAUACUCUAUACAGUAAAUGCAAACACUUCUAGCUGCGCACAAAUUAUUUUAACAAUACUUGCGUAGAGUGUGCUUCUUGCCUAACUUUUCUUUACUGGAGCUUCACUUAACAAAGGUACUGUGAUGUAGAGGUACUGGGUGGUGACCGAACAAAUGGUGGCCACCCUCAUUAAGAGUCAUGCCAGUUGAAUGUAAGAACAUUGCUCCAAUCUGAACAUUGUUCUGUGUACUGCUGAGGUGUCUCCACAAACAAAGUUGGGAAACACUUAUUUAGGGCACCAAAUAGAAACUGAAUACCUCUGAAAGAACAGCCUCUUAAAGAACAUCGUUUCUAAUAUUGGUUUCUUUGCUGUUCAAAGAAAGAGGAAUUUAUUCUUGGACAGGAUGAAGCUAAAUUUGCUGUUCUCACUUGAACUUUCCCGCAAUAAGAAUUCCCUUCAUACUGAAGUGAGGUUUUCAUUUUGAAAACCUCAAGUCAUAAUUCUCAUCCUUCAUUUGGAAACAUCUCACAUAUUUCUUCAGAUGUACUGUAUUUUAGAGAAUAAUAUUUGGAGCAAUAUAGCAAUGGUAUGUACGCCAUAACACAAUUACUAGUCAAAUGAAGGAAUCUAGAUUAAAGCAUCAUGAGCGCCUUGAAACAAUUAUCCACCCAUAAACCAACUCCUUUUUUUAGGAGUGCUAGAUGAUACCUAAAGAAAUACUGUUAGUGUUUGUUGUGAACAUACGGUCUGGAUCUAUGAAUCCCAAAUCUCAUCCAAAAUCCUCAUGUUUCAAAAUUGGAAAUACCUCAGAUAAUACAAUUUAAACUGUUGUUAAUGGAAGCGUCUAAGUCCUUAAAGACAGUCGAGACAUUAGACAUGUAGAAAGUGCUCUUUGAUUGUAUAUAAUGUACUUUCUGUUGAACAUAACACAAUUUUGAGUUUAAAUUUAAAGAUGAACUUUGAACACGAAAGUCUUCAUUCUUGUUUGGGCUAGAAAACCUCUCGGUAAAAAAUGCUGGAGACAAUUCAAUGUUGUUGUUGUUUUUUUUUUGUUAUCUUUGAUGUAUUGUAAAGAAGAAUUAGAAGUAAAGCAUGGAGUGAUUUGCCAUAAUUUACUGUAUACAAAGAAUCUGCUGUGCAACCGGAUGACCUUUUCAUAAAGACUGUGAAGAGAGAGAUUUUCAUGCUUUUUGUGCUGGAUGAUUUGAUGACAAUAGAUGUUUUUCCAUCAAAUUCAUUCUUUCAUACUCUAUUUAUUUAACUGCUACAUUCAAUGAAUUUUUA